AUGCGGGUCUCGCUCGUUGGCUGGGUUCAUACAGCCGGAUUCGCUGCUCCACGGCGGAGCUGCAACCCCGAGAGGACGCUGCAACCCGGUCUGAACAGGAGUUUGCCACCUGCCACCAAGCAGUUCCUGGAGGAGAUCAACAAGUGGACAGGCCAGUACAAUGUGUCCCCGCUCUCCUGGAACGUGGCCGUCAAGUUCCUCAUGGCCCGCAAGUUUGACGUCCUGCGGGCCAUCGAGCUCUUUCACUCCUACCGGGAGACGCGGCUGAAGGAGGGCAUCGUGAAGCUGAAGCCGCACGAGGAGCCGCUGCGCUCGGAGCUGCUCAGCGGCAAGUUCACCAUUCUGAGCGUGCGGGAUCCCUCGGGAGCCUCCAUCGCCCUCUUCACGGCCAAGCUGCAUCACCCCAGCAAGAGCGUACAGCACGUGGUGCUCCAGGCGCUCUUCUACCUGCUGGACCGAGCGGUGGAGAGCUUUGAAACCCAGAGGAACGGGUUGGUGUUCAUCUACGACAUGGCGGGUUCGCAGUACACCAACUUCGAGCUGGACCUCAGCAAGAAGAUCCUCAACCUGCUGAAGGGUGCCUUCCCGGCUCGGCUCAAGAAGGUUUUCAUCGUGGGAGCGCCCAUGUGGUUCCGCGUGCCCUACUCCAUCAUCAGCCUGCUGCUGAAGGAGAAGCUGCGGGAGCGGGUGCAGAUGGUGAAGAUGUCGGAGCUGAAGGAGCACCUGCCCCGGGAAUGCCUCCCCGAGUACCUCGGGGGGUCCCUCAAGCUGGACCCUCUGAGCUGGAACUGCCGGUUCCUUCCCCAGCAGAACGGGCACCCCGACCCCCUGGAUGAGCUCAUCCUGGUGCCGCUGGUGGCCCCCAAAGAUAACGGCUCUGUCCACGUCCCCGGGCCCAAGUCCGUCACCCUCCAGGAGCUGCUGGAUCACGUCGGCCGUAAGCAGAAGCGGGGCAUCUACGAAGAGUACGAAGAUAUUCGGCGCAGGAGCCCGGCCGGCACCUUCGUCUGCUCUUUGGCACCCUACAACCAGGAGAAGAACCGGUACGGGGACGUGCCCUGCCUGGACCAAACCCGCGUCAAGCUGGCGAAGCCGUACAGCCGCCCGGAGCUGACCGACUACAUCAACGCGAGCUUCAUGGACGGCUACAAGCAGAGGAACGCUUACAUUGGGACUCAGGGGCCUCUGGAAAACACCUACGGUGACUUUUGGCGCAUGGUGUGGGAGCAAAAUGUCCUGGUGAUCGUGAUGACAACCCGGCUGGAGGAGGGAGGCAGGAGAAAGUGCGGCCAGUACUGGCCCCUGGAGAAGGAUUUCCAGGUGUGCUUCGGGGCCCUGACCGUCACCAACCUGGGCGUGGAGAACCUCAACCAUUACAAGAAAACCAUCCUGGAGAUCCACAGCUCGGAGACCAGGGAGCGGCGGCUGGUGUCCCACUUCCAGUACUUGAGCUGGCCGGAUUACGGCGUCCCCUCCUCCGCAGCCACUCUCAUCGACUUUUUGGGGGCCGUGAAGCAGCAGCAGAGGGUGGCGGUCAGCUCCCUGGGACCUCGCUUCAAGGGUCACCCUGGGGGACCCCCGAUUGUGGUGCACUGCAGCGCCGGCAUCGGCAGGACAGGUACUUUCUGUGCGCUGGACAUCUGCCUGUCCCAGCUGCAGGACGUGGGCACACUGAACAUCUACCAGACGGUGCUGCGCAUGAGAACCCAGCGCGCCUUCAGCAUCCAGACCCCCGAGCAGUAUUACUUCUGUUACACCGCCGUCCUCGAGCACGCCCAGCGCGAGGGCCUGCUGCUCACCAACCACAGCCGGGCCGGCCAGGAGAAGAGCUCGCCGGGACACUGA